AUGGCGGACCUGACCUUCCUUGACGGCGACGAGUACGCCGAGCUCAAGAAGUUGAACCUCGAAGCUUUCGACAACUGCGAUGACUUCGAGACGUGGGAGAAGCUCGUCCGCACCGCCGAGAGCCUCGAGGGAGGCCUGAACCGCAACUCGAGCCCCAGCUCCAUCGCCGCAACCCGCGCCAUCUACGACCGCUUCCUCGCGCGCUUCCCGCUGUUCUUUGGAUACUGGAAGAAGUAUGCCGACCUGGAGUUCUCGAUCGCCGGCACCGAGGCUGCGGAGAUGGUCUACGAACGCGGCGUCGCCAGCAUUGCCAGCUCCGUCGACUUGUGGGCCAACUACUGCGGCUUCAAGGUCGAGACCAAUCACGAUUCCGACGUGAUUCGAGAGCUCUUCGAGCGCGGCGCCGCCUGCGUCGGCCUGGACUUUCUGGCUCACCCCUUCUGGGACAAGUAUCUGGAGUUUGAGGAACGCUUGGAGUCCGUCGACAAGAUCUUCGCCAUUCUCCAGCGCAUCAUUGCCAUCCCCAUGCACCAGUAUGCCCGGUACUUUGAGCGCUUCCGCCAGCUUGCUCAGACCCGCCCCAUCACUGAACUCGUCCCUGCCGACAUGGCCGCCCAGUUCCGCAGUGAGAUCAUGAUGGAUCCGGCCUCGACUGCCAAGACCGAGAUCGAAAUUGAACGUGACCUGCGCGCCCGCAUCGACGCCUACCACCUGGAAAUCUUCCACAAGACCCAGACGGAAACGACCAAGCGCUGGACCUAUGAGCAGGAGAUCAAGCGCCCGUACUUCCAUGUCACCGAACUGGAUGAGUCUCAAUUGGUCAACUGGGACAAGUACUUGGACUUUGAAGAGGCCGAGGGUGGCUUUGAGCGGACCCAGUUCUUGUACGAAAGGUGCCUUGUCACAUGUGCAUAUGAGGACAAGUUUUGGCUUCGCUAUGCUCGUUGGAUGAACAAACAGGAAGGCCACGAGGAGGAGUCGCGCAACAUCUACAUGCGUGCCAGUUGUCUGUACGUUCCUAUUGCUCGUCCGACCGUGAGGCUCCACUACGCCUUGUUUGAGGAAAUGACCGGACGCGUUGACAUUGCGCACGCCAUCCAUGAGGCAAUCCUGUUUACUCUUCCGGGUCAUGUCGAGACCGUCGUGUCUUGGGCCAACCUUGCCAAGAGGCAAGACGGUGUCGAUGCUGCCAUCAAGGUCUACCGGGAGCAGGUCGAAUCACCCGAGGCCAGCAACAGUGCCAAGGGCGCACUUGUCGCGAAGUGGGCUGGGCUGCUGUGGAAGUCCAAGGGUGACGUGGCAGGGGCGCGCCAGCUCUUCCAAAGCCAUGCCCAGGCUUACCCUGGUGUCCGUGAGUUCUGGGAAGACUAUCUCAAGUUUGAGAUGGGCCAGCCAACCACCGAUGCGACGCAGAAGGAGCAGACCGAAGCAAUCAGACAGGUCCACGGCAUGAUUGCCCAGAAGAGCAAGUUGUCACAAGAGGAGAUUAGGCAGCUCACGUACGACUUCAUGAUCUAUCUUAUGGAGAAUGGCGAUAGGGACAUGGCAAAGGAGUUCUUCCGCUUGGAUCAAGUCGCCGAGGGUGCCGGAGCAUCGCUUCCAGGAAACGCUGCUCAUGGUGCAGCGGGCGCGAAGGAUGGCGCCGUUCCGGAGCUCAUGGGCGUCUUCGGCAAGCAACAACAGCUGACGCUGAAUAGCUUGGCCCUCCGCUAG